AUGCGCUUUAUUUUAAUUUGUCUUGGUUUACGCCUAGCAGUCCGUAAUCUUAAUGAAUACCGACAUUUUUUUCCGUUCCUAGAAAGAUUCACAUUAACACCAAGUGAAGUGCAAAAAAUUAUUCAUAAACGAAAAGUGCUUUCUAUCACAUCAGGUUCUCAGAUUGCGCUUGACGAGAUGCUGCAAAUUCCUGUUUCCUUUCGACCUGCGCUAAGCCGCGCGUUCUCUUCAACCGCGACCUAUGUGCAGGACACGAUUAUUCCAACCUAUCACUUUCAAAAGAGCUUAAUGCGUCUUCCCAUUCCAAAGCUCAAGGAUACGUUAGCUCGCUACUUGGCUGCUGUUGAGCCCGUCGUAACGCCUCAGCAACUAAAGGAAACUAAGCGUGCGGUUGCAGACUUUCAGAAUGGUUUAGGUCCAACGUUACAUCACGCACUACUAGCUCGUGAUGCUGCCAAUAAGCAUACGUCGUAUAUUAAUCAAUGGUGGCUUGAAAUGUACCUUGACGAUCGGCAGCCGCUCCCGAUAAAUUACAAUCCACAGAUAAAGCUCAAAAUGGAUCCUGUUGCGGCAAAAAACUCUCAGAAUCAACGUGCGGCAUCGUUGAUUGCAUCUACUGUCCGUGUAUAUUGUACACUCCGCGACAAGAAGCUUGAGCCCGAUAUCUUUCACACGAAACCGGAUCUUAGUCGAAUGAAAGCUUUUCAGUACUUUUGUAAGUUAUUGCCAGAACGCAUGAGUUUCUAUGGAGCUGCUGCUUUUGGGGCGUACCCACUUGACAUGUCACAGUACAAACACUUGUUUUCCAGUACGAGAGUGCCGAGACUAGGACGAGAUGAGCUUAAAGUCACGCCUGAUUCCACACAUGUGGUCGUACAACGAGGUACGAAAUUCUACACGUUUGAUGUGCUCACUGCAGAUGGCAAAGCGAUUCCUGAUGAGAGCAUUCUGGCUUAUAUUGACGCCAUUUUGGCUCAGCCGUUGACCCAAAGCACGCCUGACCAGCCAGGAAUGGGCCUUUUAACGACUAUGAACCGUGAUGCGUGGGCCAACGCUCGUCAGAAACUUAAGGCAUAUGAUGGUGUUAAUAAGGACAGCUUGGAGCUGAUUGAUAGUGCGCUAUUUGUCGUGUGUCUAGAGCACGAGUCUCCUUCCACCGUGGAAGCAGAGAGCAGGUGCUUCUUGGCUGGUGAUGGUUCGAAUCAUUGGUUUGAUAAGAGCUUUCAGCUGAUUGUUGCUGCUAAUGGCAUGGCUUCAGUGAGCUUUGAGCAUGCUUGGGGAGAUGGUGUGGCCGUUUUGCGCUACCUUAAUGAGCUAUACAAUGACAGUGUCAAGUAUCCAGUGCUUAAAGCGAGUACACAGGCAAGAGUUAAAGAACUCUCUUGGGAUGUUAACGGCGAGAUAAAACAAUUGCUGAACGAGGCGAAACAAACGUACAAUAAGUGGGUCUCAACCUUGGUGACUGCGUGUGCAGAGACUCCGGUGACAAGGGCUGUUGGUAAGCAGUAUGACAUUGGCACGGACGGACUCAUGCAGAUGACGAUCCAACUAGCGCACUUUAAAUUGCAUCAAACGUUUGUUGCCACGUACGAAAGCGCUAGCACAGCGGCAUUUAAACACGGACGCACUGAAACUGUGCGCAGUUGCACAAACGAAGCCGUUAAUUUCGUACGUACUAUGAUGAAUCCGUCGGCAUCGGACGCAGAAAAGGUUGCUGCGUUGCGAACUGCUGUCAACAAACACAGCGAGCUUACGAAGAAUGGCGUCAUGGGUCAAGGCUUUGACCGCCAUCUCUUUGCUCUGCGAGCUAUGGCUGACAUAGAAGGCGUUAAUGUACCUGAUUUCUACACGCUACCAAGUCAUGAAAUUAUGAGUAAAAUCAUCCUGUCCACUAGCACUUUGUCGAGUCCGGCGCUUGAGGGUGGCAGCUUUGGUCCUGUUAACAAAGACUGUUACGGCAUUGGGUACGGAAUUGAAAAAGAGGGGUCGGCUUUCCAGCUUUCUAGCUACCGCAAGGAUUUACCUCAGCUUAAAGAGCUAUUAGUGGAUAGUCUUAUUGAAUUGGAACGCUUGUUGGCUGACACAACACCAAAGUAA